GUCAAGGUUCAGUGCCGGGGCGAGGUCUCGGUACGGAGCGGUUCCUUUUUCAAAGGAUCGCACCUGACGCUUCUCCAACUCAUGAAAAUCAUCCUCCGGAUGCCAGAACCUACCGUGCACCGUCUUUCAGCGGGAGUUUGUUCCCGAGUGACCCAGUGAGCAGCUGCCCGAGCCAUGGACCAACAACGCUCGAUGAUGAUGUCUCGGUCCAUGAUGCAUUCGAGGUCGAUCAUGAUGAGACCCGCAAAAAACAACCGGCACACCAGAAGCACCAGACGAUGCAUCCACGCCUACCUCCAAAUACGAUGACGGCAUCUACGAGGUCAGGAAGCUGAUGGAGGUGUACAGCGCUUCCACCCCAAAGAUGGUGAUCUCCAUCGACUACGACGCGAUCGACCUGGCGAGGCUGAGCACAGUUGUGAACGGAUUGAGUGUCCAAACGCCCUUCGUGAGGAAAGUGAGCGGCGUCGAAGUGCGUAAUGUGCCGCUGAACCUUUCCGACUACGACCUCAUCAACAACGCCUUGACGAAAGUCAAGCAAGACGUCUCGGUCAUCAGCGAGGUCUUCAUCGCGUUCAAGCCACAGUACCCUUGGAUGCCCUCGCGCCAAAUGCAUGUGGAUAUCCCCACGUUGACCAGCAUUAUGGAGAAGACCACAGCGAGCACCAUCUUCACACACUACAUCCCGACGCCAGGUCUUAGAAAAUACGAUGUUGGUGUACCGAACCCCUACUCCCGCCUGGCAGAGUCACUGAAAACAAUGAAGAGCACCUUCCCAUCACCAUCAAUUACGCUCUGCCCAUCUUUGUUCAUCGGGGCGUACCACUUCAAGGACGUGAGCAGCGACAACACUGCUUCGAGCUACGAGCCGAUCAAGAUUUGCAACGCGAUCAAUCUGGGCAAGCCUGCAAACAAGGGGAUUCAGGCCAACGACGACGGCAUCAAUGUCACGAUAGGAACUGACGCCUAUGCAUACGACACCGAGAAGAGUAUGGAGAAAAAAGUGCAGUUGAUCAAGCAAUAUUUUCCAAACUGCAUCUACCUCGAACAAAUAUCUUUAGACGAUGUGACAUGCCAGUGCCACUCGCGUUUUUUUCUGGCGAUGACUUCGCUCGUGCGAGCUUAUUACCCGUAAAUAAAAGCCCUAAUUCACACACCGCUCCCCGAUAUUCCUGCACAUCUUCUUUCCCGCUGCACACCCAAAGAUUCAACCAGUGUUCUAAAAAGGGGCCCCCAGCAAACAAGAGUAUUUUGGAUGAGCUCGAACCACCCACUAAGAAAAAUUGUGUCAUCAUGGUGUCAUCAGAAAGUGACGUGAUGUCGGGAGCUUGAUGCUCACCGGUCACCAUGGAGGUAGGAAGAUUCUGGAGGCGACAUGGCGCCACCAGAGGUGAAGCCCGGGAAAAUUCCGGUUUGGAGUGACACGCCCCCAACGAUGACCAAAACCAACAGACGCUAUUGGACGGACUUGGGCACUCUUGGGGGGGCAUUCCCACCUACUGCGACCUCUACUUCCGGCUUCACUCUGGAUUUUCUCGUUUGGCUGGCUUGAGCCGGUAUGUCGCCUCCUCCAAUUCCUACCUCCAUGCUGGUCACCCACCGCCAAUUUCAGCGAUUGGUCAGCAGCGUGCACUGCAGGAAAGUGAACGAGCAGGCUUUUCUCGAGUGUACUUUGCGCGAUUUCACGCUUUUUAAUAUGCCUUGUUUUAUCAUAUGUGACAGAAUAAAAGUAGCAUCUGUGUUAGAGCGUGACCGACUGCUUACGAUAAAACGUAUCGGCAUGCCAUCUAUCGGGGAACCCUGGCCCACUUUUGGUGUCCCUAUAUUUCCUAAAUUAAACAAAAGGUCUGUCAGUACUUGCGAGGUCAACUCUAUGCACUGAUAAGUAAUUGCUUAUAACACUGUCAGGAUCCAUUUCAAACCCAUGGUUAAAAAAAGAUGCGUAAAAAAAUUGGGAAAUGUACACAGUCUAGAGGAAAGCCAGGGUUAGGCGCUAGAUAGAACCGGUAUGUCAUAUCUCGUCAUUAGCAGUCCAGCAGCUGCAACACAGUGUAUCCCUCUCAAACAAUGUGUGAACAAGUCCUACGGAAGAAAAGUGACAGAGGCAACCUAUGUCAUCCCAAGGACAGACCACCUACUUCAUCAGUCCUGUUUUCAACUAUUUUCGAAAUGCAUAAUAAACUCACAAUCUACAAGUGAUCAGUUGUUGAUAGCCAUGGUUGUGUUUGCCCAACUGUACUUACGUCUCCGGUCAGGUUUCACCUAAGUUUGUGCAA